UCUUCCUGUGGAAAUGCAGGAAGAGGACGAGGGACGGCGUUAACGAGUAUAGAAAAAAGCGCAACAAAAAAGCGAAUUUUAUCCUAAUACACACCUAAGGAUGGAGAUAAGAUAUAAAGAUAUGUCGCUUUUCUAUAACUUAUUCAUUGGAUAUGCUUUAGUUCUCCUUUUCGGUACUUUUCCAGCCACUGCUAUUGAUGUGUUCACGCCAGCAGAGGUGAUGGUGGAGAAUGGAACCACGGGGGUUCUUCAGUGCACUUUUAAAUCGAGGGAGGUUAUCAGCAGUGGAGCUUCUGUGUCCUGGACAUUCCUUGCUGAGGGAUCCAGCUCCUCCCCAGUCACUAUCUUCCACUAUUCUGCGGGAAAGGCUUAUCCUUCAGCCAGUUCCCAGUUUAAGGAAAGGGUAGAGUGGAUCGGAGACCUAAACAAGAAAGAUGCUUCAAUAAAACUGACCAAAAUGCAGUUCAGUGACAAUGGCACCUACGCCUGCGAUGUGAAGAACCCCCCUGACAUCGAGGUGAUGCCUGCACGCACGCAGCUGCGGGUGGUAAUGAAAGAGGCUCUUCCUCAAACCAACACUGUGGUCAUUGUCGGAGCUGUUAUUGGUGCCAUCAUUGGUCUAAUACUCAUCACAGUCGUCACCUACUUAAUAAUAAAGAGGCAAGAGUCCAAUCAUGACUACGAAGGCUGCACCUCGACUGAGAGUGUCAGUUCACAAGCAACGCGGCUGGGGAAGAAAGCAGAGUCCAGCUCAGAGGGCUCCAGGUGUAGCAGUCCGUCUGCCCCUGUUCAGGGACCGGUGAUAUAUGCACAGCUUGAUCAUUCAGGCAGUAAGAACCCAAACUCCUUCCACAAGAUGGAGCCAGUGGUUUAUGCUGACAUUCGUAAAAACUAAGGGGAGAAACUACCGGCUGAAAUUGACUGGAGGGCAGUGACUUGCUGCCUGCUGCUCCUGGGUUCCUGGCUUUGUGAAUGAAUAUAACAUUGUUAUUUAAUCCAGAUAAAUCCUUGCAUGUUCAUGUAUCUCUUCAGUUUUUUUCCCCCAAAUAUUUUUUUUGUAGAAUAUUAGAUGCACUGAAAAGAUUAGAUGACACUAAAAAAUACACCCAUAAUAGUCCACAAACUCUUGUUUCAACUGACUAGUUAUAGGCAGGGUAAAAUCAGCUUUGCCAUUUUUAUUUUUUAAAGUUAAUUCUUGUAGCUAUAAUAGAGAAUGCAUUAGUACUUCAGGCUUUACCUUAAGCUAUUUUUUGCUGGUACAUAAUCUUGGUAAGUGAAGAGAUUGUUGGAACAAUGUGCUAGAGACUUCUCUUGCUCCAUCGGAGGAAUGGAUAAGCAAGGUUUUCUCUAGAAUCUGACUCUAUACAAUAAUUAUAAUAAAUGAACUACUGCCUUAACCAGACGUGUAAAUCACAAACUGCCUAUGAAACAAGCAAUUUGGCUUAAAUGAAAUAAUUAGCCAAAUGAUGACUUUAAUGAACAUUGUACAGAAAAUUAUAUUUGCAUGUAACUAACAAAUCCAAGGAUUAACAAGAAUAUGUGUUGACUUUAAAAGAUGUAGAUAAUGAGGGCUUAAAAUUAGCAGAGCAGGCAAAUUAUGAUUGCUCCAAACUAUUUGUGCUGCGCAAAACAUUCAUAAAUGUUUUGUAGUGGAAAUUUCUUUCCCUUUUUUGACUGAACUUGUAACACAAAGGGAUUUUUGAGAUUAAAUUUAAUUGUGUUUGAUAUCCAAAUGAAUCCAUGUAGGAACACUACACACUCCCUACAAAAAACAAACUGGGGGGUGUAGUAAAUUGAGGUCCUGACUCACUGUGGUCAUUAAAGACCCCAUGACACUCAUCACGAAGAGUAGGGGGUUCCCCGGUGUCCUGGCUAAAUUGUCCAACCUGGCUCUCUCCACCUGCCUCAUAAUCAUCCCCUUAUUUAAACAGGCUAAAAUUUGUUCUCUCCCUCUCCACCUCUGUUAAUGUGUGGUGCAAAAUGGCUGGCGUGCAUCACCCAGGUGGGUGCUAAACAUUGGUGGUGGGUGAGGUGAAUUCCCCCACAUCACUGUAAAGCACCUUGAGUGACUGGAAAAGUGUCAUAUAAAAGCAAUGUUUCGUUCAUUCAUUCACUCAUCUAUCCUGUUAUAUUAAAAUAAACUUGCCAGUCUCAGACAUCGUAUGUGGUAUGUCUUUGACUCGCAUUGUGUCUAACAAAGCUAGCAAAGCCAGUAUGCGAGUCCAUUUUAAUGUUCUAGUGCCUAAAAAUGGCCCCAUUAAAAUACCUACAUGUUCUGUGCAUUUUUAAAUUCUGUUGCAAAUGUCAAUGUAAAAAUUAGUUGAAAAGGAGCUAACUAGUGAACGUUUUGUACUGAGCCUUCCACAAAGUCUUAGAUAUUUAAUUUUUAAGUUUUUGCUGUCUUCCAUUUCACAGUAGUGGCAUUCUUUUAGAAUUAUGUGAGAUAUAAUUACGAUAUUUCAAUGCCACCUACCAUCAAUUCUAGGAUAGAAGUGUGUAUGUUAAGAUGACCUUAAUAACCAUUCCUAAUUAUUCAAUAAAUGCUGGACCUUUUACUGUGCUGUCCCAUGCUAGUACAUGUCUAUUGUGUAGGUAGUUUUUUCAUUAUAAAAACCUUUAAAUGUUUCUCAAGUCCAAAUUCUUAUGAAAUGUAUUGUGUCAACAUUUGAAAGAAUGCAGGUUCCAUUAAUCAUUCCACUGAUAGUAUGUUUGAACACCAUACUGAAUUGUAAAUCAUGUUUAAAUCGUCAUUUUUGCCGUUUGUAAACUUAGCUUAAGUCGUGUGUUGUGCCUGUAUAAAUAUCAUGCAUCGCAAAAACGAUCUGCACUAUGUACUGCAUAUCAAAGAUGGCACGUACUACUUGUUUUGUUGUUAACAGAAAUGUUUCCUGCUUUUUGUUUGAUGUCUUAAAACUGGAAUGUAGUAACAUUAGUGCCUUUUUUGCAUUUCAUCUACUAACUUAAACACCUCUGCUUAUUUUUUCAAAGAAUCAUGUUUAUUUUGCUCUGUGUGUAAUGUUUUUUAUAUGCAUAUAUGAAAACCGUUCUUGUAUCUUAUUGUUCUAAUUUUAUAUAAAAGCCAUUCCAAAUGUA